ACAGGCGGGGAUCACAUGACAGUCAGCUGCUGCGGGUCACGUGGCCGCAGGUUUACGGAACUUGUUGUUGGGUUUCAAGAUGGCAGCUGCACGCUCGCUGAUGCUGUUUCUGACCUUUUCCUCGUUCUCGUGUUUCGGGGCGGGGAGCUCGACCGCGCAAGUGCCGCUUCUCAUGUGGUCCACCGAGGGCUUGCCGCCCGCGCCCUCGUCUUCGGCGGGCCACGUCACGUCCGACGAGCAGCUGGGCUCCUACCUCGCCUCGGCCUUCGGCUCCGGCGCCCGCACCGUGCUGCUCUUCCUGCAGGACAAGCUGAGCAAAGACGACUUCACGGCUUUCGCCGGCGUGUUCGGAAACGAACGGGACGGCAUCUUCCGAAACCUGAAGGUACGUUUUCCGCAAACUCGAGCCGCGAGGCUCGCCGCGGCUCAUCCGGUCGCGACUCUCUGCCCGGCGUCCAGGCGCUGCUGCGGUCGUCCGCGUCUUCGGUGACGUUUCCCUCCUUGGCGUGGUCGCCCUCUACCUCGACGCUGGCUCUGCUGGAGGAGCGGCUGGGCGUCUCGCCCGCGCCGGUGGACGCGGACGCCCUGUCGCGGGCGGACGUGGACGCGUCUGUCAGCAACCUGUUCGUGGUCGAUCUGCCGUAUUGCACCAGCUGGCAGAAGUCUUGCCGGGAAGUGCUACGUCGCAAUGAUGAGAUGAUUGCCAAGGUUGUGAGUACGAUGGAAGACAAAAAGGUGCCUUACAUCGCAAUGUACACGGGAGGCCGACCGUCACGAGCGUUUUCCGAGCCGGCGCCGGCCGCGGAGCGGCCCGUCGCUCGAUCGCUGCUGCAAGCCGUCGCCCCCGAAGUCCGACCCCCCGUGGUGUUCGACGCGUCCGGCGGCCCGUGCAUCAUGCUGUGGGCUCGCAAUCUCAACAUCAGCUUCUCGCCCAGCGUCAAUUGGACCGACCUCGCCGUCGACACGCCCUCCUUGACGGAGUCGAUGUGCAACUCCACCAACUCCCUGCUUGUGCUCAGCUACGCAUCAGGCAUAACCCUGAGCUUUUCCAUGAGUCAGCGAUUCUAUCCGGUGUCCGCGAGGAACUGGUUCACGCUGGAUUCGGUGCAGCUGCAGUCCGACGGGGUCACGGCGUCCUUCGCGGGGAGCCGCGCCAUCUAUGCGCCCGCCGAGUAUUCCUUCCGCUGCCAGUCCGUCAGCAGCUUCCGGGACGCUCUGCUCGUACCAAACUCUACCGACCGAAACGUAUCAGACUGGAAGCUCAACUUCAUCGACUUCCAAAUUCAGGGCUUCGGCUUGACCAACGGAACGAAUUUCUCCUACGCCAGCGACUGCGCGGGCUUCUUCACGCCAGGAAUUUGGAUGGGGUUGCUGACAUCACUGCUCAUGCUGUCCAUCUUCGUGUACGGCCUGCACAUGAUCAUGCAGCUCAACGCCAUGGACCGAUUCGACGACCCCAAAGGUCCGGCGAUUUCCGUGUCUCAGUCGGAGUGAAGCCCGCACGUUCACAUUUGAAGCCCUUCUUCUCUGGGCUGCUUUUUAAGACUCAUUCCCAAGUGCCAAAAUACUUUUGCCACUGUUGCCAGAGAAUGCCUUUUUUUGCGUGUGAAAGUGCGCUUGAUGCGAUCAGUAUGUUUCACACCUCAGACCUUUUAAAUUAAUAUUUAUCAUGCCAUUGUAAUUUUAAGAUAUCUCAAUAUAAAGUGUUGACCCAUCCUGAAUCAUUCCUUUCCAUUCAAAUGUCACAACUGUUCUCUCGCCUUAUUUAUUUCCAGAAAGGAGGCCCUUGAAGUUUGAUUCAGGAUCCUUAAACGUUUGCUGUUGUUAAACAUGAACACGUGCUUUUGCCAACUGAUACGAUCCAAAGUAAAAUGUGUCCAUUUUAAAUUACGUUUCUGCAUCUGAUGUUCAAUAGAAGUUUGGCAAUGUCUCA